GCUUCUUUAAUGUGUGUUGUUUCUUAUUUACUUUAAAUUUUAUCCAAAUAAUUGAGCUUAAGAUUCAACUGCAGUAUCUCUGAAUUGCUGUAGGAAAUUGUCUCAAACUUGCAACUGUGGAUUUUAAACCCUUUUUUCAUUUAGUUAACAAAAAAAUGAGCGAAUUUAAAAUUCACCAUCAUGCAGCUGAACUUUUGAAAUUAUUUGGUGUUACCGAGGGUGAUGGACCGGAAGUGUAUGCAGAAUUGUUGACAAAAGAUCUGACGCCGUACGUCACCACUCAAGUGUCAACACACACAGCAAAAAGAAGAAUAGCGGAAGUAAGUCCUGCCCCACAGGAGUUCUUAAAGAAAUAUGACGAAUUAAAAUCGAAAAAUGUUCGGGAGUUGGAUUCCUUAGUGUAUUUACUUGCCUCGAUCGGCCAAGAACGAUACGUGGUAAAGUUUAUAGAAAGAAACGAGAAAGAUCGAAGCAAACAGCGUGAAUUGGCAGCGGCUAGUCGUAAAUCUGAAACGCCUCAAACGCAGCUUGGAAAGGAUUUGGAAGCAAUCACAAAAUCGAUUCCCAAAACAACUUUGAUGACGCAGAAAGAUGUUCAGGAAUUAAAAACAAAACUGGCGAACAUCACGACCACAGCAACGACCUCACAAAAUUCAACCGAUGAUCUGGUCAAAGCCUUGAGAGAAAAACAUUCGAAAAAGCUUGGCGGGAAACUUCCUGUUCUUCCAACAUGGACGACUGAAAGAGCCUACCUCACUCACGAUUACGUCGAAGCCUAUCGAACGAACUAUGCUGAACCGGUCGCCAUCAACACGUUACCCUUGAAAAUGCAAGAAAUCACCCUUGUCGAAGACCUACUUUUCAUGUUCAUGGGAGUCGAGGGAAGAUAUAUCGGAUUAAAAGACGAAGUCGAGAAAAAGCAAUACAAAUCCUUUGUGAUCGAUCAAACUGUCGAUGUUUCACUGCAUGAGAUCGUCAACAGAAUUCUCCCGAUGUGCGGCAAUUACUCGAUUGUGUGUAAAUUCGUCGAGGAUGGGUCGCGUUUUGAGAAGGGUUUAGUAAGCCACGGAUUGUGUUCUGCGAUCAGGUCCCUGCUGAAAGAUUACUUUAUGUUUGUGGCUCAACUCGAACGACAAUUGAGGCGAGGAACUCUUACACUUCAAAAGUUGUGGUUUUACAUCCAACCGUCGAUGAAGACGUUGGAUAUUCUAGCUAACGUGGCCAUAAUGAUCGAGAAAGGGCAUUGUAAGGGUGCCGCCAUCUUGACGCUUCUUCAUGAAAAAACAGAGUCGUUCACCGGUGAUCCGAAAGGAAGAGAUUUGUGUUUGUAUUUAACGCAAGCCGCGUGCACAGCUUACUUUGAAAUCUUGCAAAGAUGGAUCUACGAAGGUGUUAUAAAAGAUCCUUAUGAAGAAUUUCUUGUCGCUGAACACGAAUCUGUUCAAAAAGAACGAGUUACCGAAGAUUACAACGAUCAGUAUUGGGAACAGCAUUAUACCAUCGAGAGAGAACGCAUUCCGAAAUUUCUCGAACGCGUGGCGGAGAAAAUUCUUCGCACGGGCAAAUACUUGAACGUGAUUCGUCAAUGCGGGUUAAGCAUUAAUUGCCCGCAUGCGCAGGAGAUUGUUUACUGUUUAAAGGAGCGUGAUUAUGUGGACCACAUUGAGAAAGCGUAUGAUUACGCGAGCAGGACGUUGCUUGAUUUGCUGUGGACAGAAAAAAAGUUACUCUAUCGCUUACGCUCUAUCAAACACUACUUUCUACUAGAUCAGGGAGACUUUUUUGUAGGAUUUAUGGAUUUAGCUGAAGAUGAACUGAAGAAAAAUAUGGACGAUAUUGUCCCCACAAGACUGGAAGCUUUGUUGGAACUGGCUGUUCGCACAAGCACAGCAAACAAUGAUCCGUUCAAAGACGACUUGCGAUGCGAUUUGCUCCCAUACGAUUUGAUAUCUCAGUUGUUCCGAAUUUUAUCGGUAACAAGUGAUAAAAACAAUCCGAAUUAUCGAGACUCGACCGAAUUGCAAAUCUCUGGAUUGGAGGCGUUUACGUUAGAUUACGAAGUAAAAUGGCCUCUAUCGUUGAUUCUGAGUAAGAAAGCGCUCACCAAGUACCAAAUGCUAUUUCGUCACCUCUUCUACGCCAAACACGUGGAGAGAUUGCUGUGUCAUCUCUGGGCUAGCAACAAGGAAGCCAAAAAGCAUAUGCUUCACAAGCGCCCGUGGUACUCCAUCGCGUUUGCUCUGCGUCAAAGAAUGAUCCAUUUCGUGCAAAACUUCGAAUACUAUAUGAUGUUCGAAGUGAUCGAACCAUGUUGGCACGUACUAGAAGAUAAUUUGCGAUCGGUAUCAAACAUUGAUGGUUUAUUGGAGUUCCAUAAUGAUUUUCUUGACCGUUGUUUGAAGGACUGCAUGUUGACCAGUCCAGAAUUGCUGAAGAUUGUUAGUAAGUUAAUGGCUGUGUGUGUUACGUUCAGUAAUUGCAUUUUACGAUACAACAUGAGUACUGAAGUUAGCCAGAACUCCAAAUCUGCCGCCAAAGUUACUGUACGACAAUACGAUAAAAUGAUGUCUGCGGAGGAGAUCGAGAAAACAAUCUCGAAUUUUGAUACGAACUUUUCCCGCUUGCUCAUCGAACUUUUGGACAAGUUGAGUGUAAUGUCAAGUACGGAAAAAGAACAAGAAAUGAUGAAUCUGGUCUUUAGAUUAGACCAUAAUAGUUACUAUUCAGAAUUUCAACGAAAACAAAUCGCUGAUAAGUGAGUUUGAUAAUUUAUUUAAAAAGUUAUAACUGUUAUUUACUCUAUUAUCAAAAUAAUCGAAAUAAUUUUUAUAUAGAGCGUUCUCUUUUUCGUAUGAAAAUUGGUCUUUGGACGAAUUGCUUUUUGAUAUAUUUUGUACAAAAAGUCUCUGAAACGUAGUAAAAUGAUAUUUUUGUAAAUUUUUAAAUUCUGAUGUUGUAUACAUUUAUGUAUGUUUAGGUUUAUUUAUGUUGUAGGGUUUGAGAAACAUUCUUGUCUAUCACCAUCUCUGUCUUUUAACAAAUAGCACAUCAAUAUAUUAUUUAUGUCACGAAGUUUGACAACUCAAGAAUUAAUGUGAGAGAUAAUUCUAAUAAGAAAUCCAGGAAA